AUGGCAAUUGUGGUGAUGAAUGGGCCAACUGAAACGUCCCGAUACGAGAGUAUAGCGCACGAUGAACAGACUAGCGAAGGCAAAAAGCCGACUGUCAACCAAAGGCAGAUACAGAAUGAUAAGGCUGCCAAAAAAGCUGCGCUGCUCGACGAGAUGUUUACGCGAUUAGCGAAGGCAAGAAUCAGCAAGGAUGAUUCGGAUGCGAACGAAUCACAUGUACCUAAUAGUGCCAACAGGGGUGGUUAUGAGGAGGUCCUAGCCUGUACGAUGGUGCUUACUCGACUGUUAGACGCGACAAAUACGACGCACAUUGAGCGACUGCAUGCAGCACUUGGAUUCAACUUUUUAAUUCAGAUGCUCCGUUCAGGUAAGUUGUUCGCUUUCACUAUCUUGCAGCAUUUUUUUUAG